AUUCGGACACCAUUGAAGUCAAUACGAAAUAGCUCUGUUUUCAUCUCAUUAUUCCACAGUAUUCUGGACAUCUGUGUUGGUGAAUCUGUUGCAAUUUGUUCAUUGCAUUAUGGAGAAAGAAGCUGAGCAAGCAAAGAAGAAAGUUGUCGGUGCGAAGUGUCUAUUUUGCGAGGGAAGUCAGCAACAACACGUACACAGCCGGCGCUUCUUUGUUUACAUUCCCGAAAGAUGCAGUCAAGAUGGAAGAACUCGGACAACAGAGACUCUUACCAGGAGGACUUUGAUUUGGAUACAAAGUUGCGAUAACACAAAUUGUUGAUUACCUCGAGGGACUUCAGUCAGACAUUCCCUUGUCUGUAGGGAAGUUGAAUCAUUGUCAUCACCCUUGUUGAUGUUUUUUCAAAUCUACAUCAUGUCUGUGGACCCACUCAAUUCCCCGUAUGUGUGUGUGUGUUUUAGCCCCCACACUGCCAGCCACAGGAAGAGUGGGGGUGACAGAAAAGAACUGGAUCAUGGAGCGGUUAACCUCAUGACAACGCAGGCUCUGCUCUGAUUGGCUGUAGAAAGAAUCAGAAGGAUUUAUAAGGCAGCCGGGAGUCUGCAGCAGCAUCACAGGGCAGCGCGCAACAUCCAGGAUCAUACUGAGCUCAAACCUCAUCUGACAUCUUCUUUCUGCAGCUUCCUGCUAUUCCGAACAAGACAAGAAACGGACAACAUGAAAGUGGCCGUUGUUUUUGUUUUGCUCUUCGCCGGAGUUCUUUGCAGAUCGGCAAGAAAAUAUGACAGUUCUGCCGAGAGCUCUGAAGAAGUGGUGAGACGACCUGCCGCUCCUAUCUUCAGGAAAAAGGUGGACCGAGUUUCCCAAAUCCGUGCAGCAGCUGUCAGGGCUUUGCAGAGGUUUCUGGCACCAGCUAUUUUCGACUCAGAUGAGAGCAGCGACAAUUCUGACAAGCAGGUAGCAGUCGACACCCCAGCUGUAGUCAAUUAUAACAACUAUGAAACCACGGAUCCUGCCGCGUCAGAUACACCCCCUGUCGACAACAACGAUGACGAAGACAAUGAUGAUGAUGAUGAUGAUUCGGAAGAAAGUGACAGUGAAGAGGAGGACGAGGAGGAGGAGGAUGACUCCUCAGAGUCGGGCGAGUCUACAACUCUCGCUCCAGACACCGUGACCCCCGUAAUUGUGACGGAUGAGCCCCUGUAUGAAACCACAGAGGAGCCCCUGGUGCCCACCAUCGUCACAGACACAGACUCGGGCCGCGGUGACAGCAUGGGGGGAUAUCCCGGCGAUUACAAGUCCUACGUCUACAUGCAGGAGAAGAACUAUCACAAGGCUCCUUCGCCUUACAAGUCCUACGGAUAUGACAGCGGGAAGAAAUCGGGCUACGACAUGCCCACUGGCAAUGAGGUGGAGAAGGGGUACAAGAUGGAGAGCUACCCUCAGGUCCAUUCCGACCUACUCGAGGGGGAUAGCAGCACCCCUGAGGAGGAGAGCGAGAACCUAGACACCUCUGGACCUUCCGAGAACCAGGAUGUCCUCCCUGCGGAAGAGGAGGAGGAGGAGAACGCGGGCACCACCGAUAGCGGAAGCUCCAGCAACCCGGAAGAGGAAGAAGAGGAGAGCGCCAGCCAGGAGGCGGCGGCCACGCCCGGAGCCGCCGACAGCGAUUCCGACGAGAGCGAGAGCUCGGAGAGUGAUUCGGAUGAACGCGGGACGGGCCCCGGACCCAACGCCGAUACCGUGGUCAUUACUGCCAAAUAAGUCAUGCAGGAAGUGGGGGGUGGUGUAAUAAAGACUCCAUGCCACAUUCAAGCGUGAUCUUUCCCUUUCUGAGGCACUUUUUAAAAAAGUUUUGCUUUGUACAAUCCUCAACAACCAAGUGCAUGUAUCCUCCUAAGAACCAGUCUAGGACCCGUUAAGGUCAACCAAGUACUACUUUUCAUUUUCAUCUUGGGUCACGUCGUAUUUACGUAAGUCCUCGGAGGGUCGCAUCAUGAUAUUAUGACACAAUUAUCAUUAUUCACCAAAAAACUUGAAUCCGAAGUUAAAGUGACGGGCAGAUAUUCAAGUUCAAUUAGCAUCAAAUGUUUAUUUAAAAAUGCCGAAAAGCUUAUUGCAUUGCAUAAUAUAAAGUUAAGAACUACAUUAAAGAUGGAAUGCUUUAUUGACGCACAUUAUUUCCAGGCUAUCUAUCACAGGCCACAAAAAUGAUAUGGUGACUUUGAGAGCUGUUUUUUAAGGGGUCAUUUCUAUGAAGAAAAUCAGUCCGUUUCUAUUAGGUUUUUGCAAAAGCCAAUUUGUGUUUUUUUGUCAGAAUUAACGAUAAUAAAAAGAACAUUUCAGCACAAUGCAGAAUCAAAUCAUGAAAUGUCAGCAGGGUUACAUUACAGGCAAUUAAAGCCAUAUUUGAAUAAUAAAGCGUCAAAUAUUGAAACUUUUCAAUAGUAUGUAUAUGUUGCUAGUAUCAAAUCUGCUUGUGUCAUCAAUUCUUACUUACCCAUGUGGAUGGCAUGGUUUACUGUAAUGUGUUAUUUUGU